AUGGACAUUGAUUUAACCAAUUCUUCAUUGAAUGGGAGUGAGGAAGUUAAAGAGGCGGAAAACAAUCCGUCAUUAAAUGAGAUUGGUGAAGUUGACGAACCUAAGAAGGGCAUGUGUUUUAGCUCAAAGCAAGAAGUAUAUCCGUUUUAUGCAAAAUAUGCGAAGCAUCUCGGAUUUGUUGUAGCUUAUAGAACACAGAAUAUUGGACAAGAUGGGGAAAGAAGACUAGAAAUAAACGAUGAAGGAGGGAUAGGGCUGGCUAGGAAUUUUCAUUCUAUAGUUGUUGAAGCAGGGGUGUAUGAGGCAUUAACAUUUGAUGAACAAGAUGCAAGGAAUCACAUUCAAAGUAUGAGAAGAUUGAGGCUUGGGAUAAGAGAUGCUGAAUCAGUUGCACUUUAUUUUCAUAGGAUGCAACAACAAAAUUUGAACUUCUAUUAUGCAAUUGACCUCGAUGAAGAUGGUUUCAUAGAAUGGUUAAGUUGCAUGUCUGACGUUCCUCCAAAAGCUAUAAUAACAGACCAGUGCAAAGCUAUGCAAAAUGCCAUUGAAGUUGUCUUUCCAGAAGCUCGACAUCUUUAUGACUGUUUUACAAAACAUGAAUUUGAUGAAGAAUGGCAAGCGAUGAUUGCAAAGUUCAAGCUAGAUGAUAAUGAUUGGUUGGGGUAUGAUAAUGCCUUGAGAAGUAACGUUGAGAAAGAGAUGAAAGAAGACUUGAAAUCUCGAAACAAAUUGUAUGAUUUCUUAACGGUAUAUGAGUUUGAGAAGCAAUUUCAUGCAGCCUACACGAAUGCAAAAUUUAAAGAAGUGCAAGUAGAAUUGAAACGACUAUUGUAUUGUCGUGCGAAUCUUGUCAAAGAGGAGGGAGCAAUUUGUACUUAUCAUGUGAAGGAGGCUGUUCUUGUGGGUGAGAAAAUGAAGACUGUGGAAUUUGUUGUGUACUUUAAUGCAACUGAAUGUGAAUUGCAUUGUAUGUGUCAGUGGUUUGAGUUUAGGGGCAUUAUGUGUGCCCAUGCAAUUACUGCGCUACUUGAGAGGUGUAUAUAUCAGGUGCCACAUAAAUACAUUGUAUCAAGAUGGAGUAAAGAUAUCGAAAGAGGGUACACAUACAUUCCAACCACAUACACUAAAGCUGGGGUUGUUCUUAAUGCAAAGUUGCAUGACAAAUACCACAAGAUAUUGGAUGAAAUCAUAGAAAUUGCUGCCAACGAUGAUGGUAACACGAAGUGCUUGAUCUUGGGUUGA